UGCUCAUCGAAAAAAGGACUUUCAGGUCUCGAGAAGGUGUGUGAGACGAAGAAGCCGACGCAGCUUCGCUCUUCACCCUUUCCUGCAUCUUGCCUCUACUCUUUCUUCUUCUCUACGGUCUCCUCACUCGACCCAUCCAUUCGUUUAUCUUAUCUUAUCUAGCCGUCGUGUACCUCAAGCACAUCAUGGUCGCACCUCCCGCUGCAGCCACUCUGCGGACGAUGCCGAGGGGAACGGCUUCUCUCGCAGCAUUGACCAGACGCGGUGCUGGCAUCGCUCCAUCUAUAGCGAGGUCUACACCCUCAGCAUUACCAUCAUCGUCGCAGCGCUCCCUACACUCAACAGCUUUGCGCUCCUCCGACCCUUACCCGAAGGACCCUCGACAGCGCUUCACACCUCCUUCGCCCUACGUCCCGCUAGAAGCGCGACCGCUGAACAUGCCAUUCAUCCUGCCGGACGGUUCGCCUGCUCGAGUAGUCGAGAACGACUCACACGACAUCCUGUCCGUCUAUGCUGCCAUUGGCGGCGGAUCGAAAGACGAAAUCAUCGCGAGCUUUGAGAGGCAAAAGGGUCACAAGGCUCGGGUGAGCUUGCAUGGCGUGGUGCAGGAUUCGCGUGCCCAGAGCGAGGACAUAUGGAAGCUGCGUGUGGGACCGAAGGCGGGAGGAGAUGAGGUCAGGGCAGCUUGGAUCGCUGUGUAUGCCUUCUGGCUGCGCCGAGACCCUUACGAGCGUUUGCCGAUCUCCAUCGUCGACUCUCCCCGUCUUCGCAGCUACAUGAUCGCAACGGGUCUCGGCUUCCAACCACCCGACAGCAGCACAGAGGGCCACCUCCUUCUAGACCGCAGCGCCUUCUAUCAAGGAGCGGGAGCCCCUCUCGACCUCUCUUUCCUCCGCACUCCCGAGCCGCAAGGUCAUCAAGACUUCGGCGUCCCUCUAGCCUCUCCCUCGUUCCCCUCCAUCCUCUCCUUCACCUCCAGCCAGUCCCCAGCAUACUGCACUACUCACCCUCUUCGUCCACCGAAGCCCCCUGUUGGAUCACUCCUUUAUGCGCGAUACCAACCUAGCGUCUCAAGCCUGUUCCAGCUUUACCACCUAAAUGCGGAGGACCCCGCUCACUUCGAGGCGUACGCCCGCUGGCAGAACUCGGAUCGUGUCAACGUUGGGUGGAAGGAGAGAGGGUCGGAUGAGCAUCACCUCAAAACGUUGAAGGGGGUAGAGGAAGACCCGCACAAGAUGAGCUUCAUGUUCGCCUGGGAUGGAAAGGUAGCGGGAUACGCUGAGGCAUCCUGGAACAUGGAAGACCCAAUGGCUCCCUUCGUCAGGAGCGGCGGUGGCAACUACAUUGGGCCUUGGGACCAGGGAGUUCACAUGCUAACUGGAGAAGAGUGGGCAAGAGGUCGCCACCGAUUCGUAGCUACCACUGUCAACUUGAGGCACUUCUGCUUCCUCAGAGAGCCGCGAACAGACGUUGUAGUGAGCGAACCGCGCUACGAUCUAGGGAUUGUCAGCCUCCAUCGAGCGUACUCGCCUGUAGAGAAUAUGGGCGAGGCCGAGCUCCCACACAAACGCACCAAUUGGCUCCGUCAGCAUAAGGAGAGGUUCUACAAGGAGGCCGGCUUCUGGUGCUAAGGAGGCGGAGUGAGAGAGGAACGUUCAAUGCGGCUACGAGUAGGAAUGUCAUUCGGUUGCGUAAAGUCUAUUGGUUGGCAUGUCAUACACACAUACUACGCAAUGGAAUCGCACGACACUGCCUCUCAUCGACCC